UUGUGGUAGCAACUGGUAAUAGAACUGGUGCAACGACGACGGUCGUGUGACAAGUGAUCCCGAUCGUGUGAGAGAAGUAAAGUGAAAAGGGAGCGGGUCGGGAGAGAAAGGUAAAGAGAGAGAGAGAGAACCGACGGCGGCGACGAUGGAGCUCCACACGCCGAAGCGGGAGCAGCGGCCGUCGACGGAAUCGCUCGAUCGCAGCCCCUCGAUGUGCGACACGACGCUCUAUCCUUGGAACUGGGGUGAGGAGGCGCGCAAUGUGAACCUAAGCCCAGGGAGCUCGUGCUCCUCGCCGGAGUACCGAGAGCAGCAUGUCGCUAGCUUAGACGCAGCCGGCGGUAACGCGCCCGGCAGCGGUAGAUCCGCCUGCACCGGCAGCGGCUCCGAGAGCCACCGGCGCGGCCGGCCGCGCGCCGACGCACUCACGAAUCUCAUGAAGCAGGGCAGUACGUCGCCAAGCAGCAUCAAGUGUUCCUUCUGCAACCGGGUGUUCCCGCGCGAGAAGAGUCUGCAGGCGCACCUGCGCACUCACACGGGAGAACGUCCAUAUCCGUGUGAUUAUCCUGGAUGCACGAAGGCGUUCACCCAGUCGGGACAACUCAAGACUCAUCAACGAUUGCACACAGGAGAGAAGCCAUUUUUAUGCACCGUACCAGGUUGUGAAACGAGAUUCACUCAUGCCAAUAGGCAUUGUCCCGAUCAUCCUUAUGCCAAUCUUACAAGAUCAGAUGACUUUGUACUAAAGCCAGUAUCUGAAAAUACGGAAUUGUCGUAUGAUGUGAGUCGAUGGUUGGAGCGUUACAAGAUGUCCAGAGAACGAGAAGAUCGUACCCCGACUGGGAAGAAUGAACGGAAGAAGAAAACGUGGAAGAGCACUGCCGAAAAUCACAAGAGGAUAAAAUCCAGAAAAGGCCUUAUGAUGGAUAUAGCGGGAGAACAGGAAAAUCUCGAUCACAAUCCCUCGAAUCAACGACUGCACUGCGAGGAGAAUCAGGAUAGUCAAGAGGAGAGCCAGGAUGAAGAUCCAGCGGAAACAUGUUGCGCGAUACUGCAAACAUCUGAGGACGAGGAAGGAUCAAAUACCAAGUUAGCAAUCACCUCACUAAGAAGACCCUUGGACAGACUGCAACCAAAGAAACGAUGGCUACGGUAUGCUUGCUUGGAGCAACAGCUAGACCUAAGUGAGGAUGUUAAACCUAGUAACGUAACGACCGUAUGUAAGAUGGAUGAGAAACAAAUUCUGGACAGACCAUCGGAAUUUCACUGGUAUACGGCAUUCUUGGACCAUUCUGUUCCCGAAAAUAAUACAUCCGCUCUGGACAAUAAACUUGAAAUUCCAAAUACACAAUUGGAGCCUUCGUAUGCCACCUCUCAAAUAUGUUGCAUGAUAAAUAACAUUGCCGAGCCUCCGAAAGUAGACGAAGACAAUGUAUAUGGGAUUAUGCAUUCUCUUAAUCAGCCACAGUGGGAUCCACUGAAUAGCUUGCCAAAUAAUCAGGGUACUUUUGAAACUAGUAUUAACGAAUCAGCUGUAAAAAUUCAAAAUCAAAGUUCUGAAUCUGCAUGUUUACAUUUCGAUUACACGGAGCAGAUUGUUCAUUCGGAGACAACGAAUCAAGAUGUACUAGCCAGCUCCCGUACCAGCGAAAACGAAACUAGACCGACGGUUCUAAUGUUGGCCGGUAGUUCCAAUAGUGCUAAAGAGAUUCUUUCAAAACCGUCCCUCGCAAUAGAUCCCGUGAAAACGGAGACAAAAAUAAUUAGUGUAAAGCAGGAGGACAAUACAAGCCUAGCUAAGUUACCAGUACAGGAAGACAAUAAAAAAUGGCAAGGUGCUUUGGCAUUGAUGGAAUUGGCUAAAACGCAAGAAGAGGCGCAGGUUUUAGCGCGUCUUAAACAUGUAAAGGAUGAAUGUUCCACGGCUUCAGAAUUAUUAUAGCCAUUUAGACUGUGAUUACAGGUUAUUGUAACUUUGUUAUUUUUAUAUGCAAGAAAAAAAAAACGAAUAAAAGCUGUUCACUCAUGUAACACAGUCCACUUACCGGCAUAACAAAUGUAAAAGCAGUUUUUCGCUGUGAAACACAUCUGUUUUCUUUCUUUCAUUACAUUAGUUUAAUUAUUUUUAAUCAGAUAAGAUGCUUCUAUAGAUCUUUGAAUGCUCAAAACAAAAUUUACCGCA